ACCCAAAUAUUUUCUUUCUGGCUUCCUGGUUAAAGACCAAAUUAUAUAUACAAAUGGGAGAAAGUAUGAGUGACUGUGAAUGGCCAGUGAUUGGAAUAGACCUAGGCACCUGCUACUCUUGUGUCGCGGUUUGGCGAGACAAUCGUGUUGAAAUCAUUACAAACGAUCAGGGAAACCGAACCACACCUUCUUGGGUGGCUUUCAAUGACAAAGAAAGGCUUAUCGGUGAAGCUGCCCUUAAUCAAGCUGGUUCUAACCCAUGCAACACUAUUUUUGAUGCAAAGAGACUAAUAGGCAGAAGAUUCAAUGAUGAAAGUGUUCAGGAAGACAUGAAAUCAUGGCCUUUCAAAGUAGUUUCUGGAACUAAACCAGGAACAAAACACAAGCCCAUGGUUUCAGUACUUUAUAAAGGUGAACAUUACACAUUCACACCAGAAGAGAUAUCAUCAAUGGUCCUGAUGAAGAUGAAAGAUAUUGCCGAGGCUUUUUAUGGUAGCAAGAUCAAAAACGCUGUUGUAACUGUGCCAGCAUACUUCUCUGAUUCACAGCGACAAGCCACUAAGGAUGCGGGAACCAUAGCUGGUCUUAAUGUUGUUCGUAUCAUCAAUGAGCCGACUGCUGCUGCCAUGGCUUACGGUCUUGACACUAAGCUAAUUACUAGUGGCAGUGCUCGAGCAAAAACUGUUUUGAUAUUUGACUUUGGUGGAGGGACGUUUGAUGUUUCUUUGGUAGCUAUUGAAAAGGGUGAAUUCAUAGUUAAAGCUAUAACUGGUGACGCUCAUCUUGGUGGAGGAGACUUUAACAACAGAAUGUUGAGUUAUUUUGCGAAAGAGUUCAAAAGGAAGAACGGGUUUGAUAUCAGUAAGAAUCCCAGGGCUAUUGCAAGAUUGAGGACUGCUUCAGAAAGAGCCAAAAGGGUAUUAUCAUCAGCUGCUCAAACUGAUAUUGAGGUUGAUUGUCUUUUCGAAGGAACUGAUUUCAGAUCAACUAUAACUCGUGCACGUUUUGAGAAGCUUAAUAUGGAAUUGUUCUUGAAAAGUUUGGACAUUGUGAAAAAUUGUCUGAGGGAUGCCAAUAUGGAGAAGUGGGAAGUUGAUGAUGUUGUUCUUGUAGGUGGAUCAACGCGUAUUCCAAUGAUUCAGAAGUUAUUGACAGAAUUCUUUGAUGGUAAGGACCUUUGUACAAGUAUCAACCCUGAUGAAGCUGUUGCCUUUGGUGCUGCUAUACAUGCUGCUAAUAUAAGUGGUGUUGGUAAAAGUAUUAAGGACAUUGUUCUAGUCGAUGUCACACCUUUUUCGCUUGGUACUAGUGUGGUUUCUGGUGACAUGUCUGUUGUUAUUCCCAGGAAUACACCCAUACCAGCAAAGAUGUUCGAUAAUUAUACAACUGUAUAUGACAAUCAGACUUCUGUAGCGUUUUGUGUUUAUGCGGGCGAGAGACCCAUUGCUGUGGAUAACAAUUUCUUGGGCAAGUUUACACUUUUGGGUAUUCCUCCUGUACCACAUGGUAUCCCAGAACUAAAGGUGUCUUUUGAAAUCGAUGUUGAUGGUAUUUUAACAGUGUCGGCUACAGAAAAAAGCACAGGAAACAGCAACCAAAUAACAAUUAAAAAUCAUAAAGGGGGGCUUUCCAAGGCUGACAUGGACAGGAUGCUACUAGAGGCUGAAUUUUUCAAAGCUGAAGAUAAGAAGCGUCGAAAGGUGGUGAACGCUAAGAAUGCACUUGAGAUCUAUGCUAACCGACUAAAGCAUGCAAUGGAUAGAGGAAAGGUGACUAAUAUUGGAAAUUUCAGGAAGAUGGAGAAUGCGGUUGAUCUGACACUUGAAUGGCUAGAAGAAUGUUCGGAUGAUGUCGGUGAUGCUUUUGAGUUCGAAAAAAAGCUGGAAGAUCUGCAACGUAGUUGUGGAUAUAUUAAGUUAUAACUCCCUAGUAACAACCUGAAUAAUGCUAGGAAACAGAUUAAGAUCAG